AUGAAGUCGCCCGGCCAUGUGAUAUCUUUGCGAAUUCGCCAUUUUUUCAAAGCUGUCGGCGUAUUAGUUUACAGAUAUCCGGCUCCCUUUUUCUGGUUACCUGUUCUUCUGACAGUUACAUCGGCUUUAGGAUUGCUGCGAUUUCAUGAAGAAAAUAGGAUUUGGUAUCUAUACAGUCCAUCUGGAGCUGAUUCACAUUAUGAACAUGCUGUAGCCAAUGAGUUUUUCAACGAUCGAGGGGGAAAGUUUUGGUUAGAGUUGACAAUCACGGCGAAAGAUUUACAAAAUCUGCUUCGACAAGAUUAUUUUGAUGAAGUCGUCUCGCUGGCUGAAUAUCUUCAAUACAACUUCACUGUAGAUUGUAAUGUUAAGAAUCAGAAAGAUUGUUCGUUCGAUAAUCUCUGCUCGGGAAGUAGUUGCAAUGAGAAUCAAGUUAUUCCAUUAUUCAAUCUUAUAUAUCGAAAUGCUUCAUCGAGAUUGCAUCCCAAUUUCCGAUUAACUUUCCCAACCAUGCAUUUGUACAAUGAUGAAUACUAUGUGGGAGAACACUUUGGAGGAGUUGAAAUUGAUUCAAAAACCAAUGUAAUCUCAUCCGUGACAGUUGUGGUUCUUUACUUCCGUACUGAUCGUCAAAAUGAAAUCAUUGCGGAUACUCUGUCCAGAUGGGAAUACAAACUAUUCGAUUAUGUUGAACAUUUUCAACAUCCCAUACUCAAUAUUACGGUGAAUAGUGAUUCUAUGAUAGCCAAGGAGGUUCGUGCCAAUGGAGUUGCAUGUGUACCUUACUUCUCUAUAUCUGUUGCAUUUGUAUUUUGUUUUAUUCUAAUUACAAACCGUCGUGAACACUUUCAAAUCACGCAUUCGAUGGUGAUGGCUCUUCUCGGAAUUAUGGGACCUCUUAUGGCAGUCGGAACAACGUUUUGUCUUCUGUUCUUAUUCGGUUACCCAUUCAAUUCUAUAACUCUUGUGAUGCCUUUCCUCAUCAUUGGAGUUGGGUCUGAUGAUGUGUUUAUCAUCAUCCACGCCAUGCGUAAAACCGAUAAGAGAAAAGGAUUGGAGCAUCAAAUUGCUGAAACAAUGGAAGAAGCAGGACCUUCUAUAACUGUUACAUCAGUAACAAACAUUCUCUCGUUCGGAAUCGGAGUUUUAACAACAACACCAGCUAUUUCAAUUUUCUGCCUGUACACAGCUGUUGGUGUAACAGUGGACUUCAUUUAUCAAUUGACUUUCUUUGUCGCUGCACUUGUCUAUGAGGAAAAGAGAUUGAUGAAAAAUGCCGAAAAGCCUCCAAUUGAAGAAUCGGAACCUAAGAAAAUGGCUUUGUCAGCUCAACCUUCUGUACGCAGUGUUCUACCUGGCAAAUCUAAUGGCAUUGUAUCGAGAUAUUGUCGUUUCUUAAAGAUGUGGCAGACUCGUGUCGGCUUACUAAUAAUCAUGAUUGCUUAUUGGACAGCUUCAUUGUAUGGUUGUGCUAAUAUGGAAAUCAAAAUGGAUACCACAAAUCUUGUAAUGAAAGAUAGUCCAUUGCAUAAUGUUGCUCAUAUAUAUGAGAAAUAUCUGUGGAGCGAAGGACAAUUGGUGUUAGUAUUCGUUAAUUCACCUCCAGAUUUAUCUGUUGAGAGAAAUCAACAGGCAAUGUUUGAACUAGUGGAUCGCUUUGAAAGGCUUCCAUAUUCUAUGGGGCGAAAUUCAACUUCCUUCUGGCUACGUUCGUUCUUGUAUCAGAGCACUCUCUAUCAUAACGAAAAGAACUUCUAUAAGUUGAUUGACACGUGGUUGAAGGAUCCGGAAAAUGGGGGUUCUCGAUGGAAUGACAUGAUUCGCCUUGAACGCGAUACAAACAAUGAUGUUGUUGGUGUUAAUAAAUUUAUGUUCGCGACGGCAUGUGCUAUGGGGAAAGAUGCUAGUUGGUUGACACGUGCAAAGCUUCAACACUCUUGGAGAGGUCUUGCUCAUGAAUACGAUCAUUUCAACGUUACUGUUUUCCAAGCGUACUCGUUCUAUAUUGAUCAGUUAGACUCGAUUGGCAGCAACACGCUCUCUACUGUAGUUGUUGCCGCGAUCACUAUGGAUUUGGCUUGCUUCCUCAUGAUUCCUCAUGCAUCAUCUAUUAUCACCAGCUCCAUAGCAAUGUUAUCGAUAAAUAUCGGUGUCUUCGGUUUGCUUUCCGUAUGGCAUGUAAACCUUGAUCCUAUCACCAUGUGCACUACACUGAUGAGUAUAGGAUUUUCUGUCGAUUUCACGGCUCAUAUUAGUUAUCACUACUAUCGAAAUCCUAGAUCGUGGACAACUGAUGAGCGAUUAGCUGAUGCUCUAAGAUCCAUCGGCUGGCCCAUGAUUCAAGCUGGUGUUUCAACUAUAUUCUGUGUGUCACCGCUGCUCUUCAUCGACUCCUACAUGGUCUUGGUCUUUUUGAAAACUAUUUUCCUUGUGAUUCUAUUAGGAUUACUGCAUGGAAUUAUAUUUUUACCGGCACUGCUACUAACUGUUGUAUGUUCGUCCGAUAUAGUUGAACCAGAGGUUGUUGCACUUCCUGACCAGAAGCGUACUGAAAGUUGCAUCACUAUGGAUUCCGAAAAGAGAAGCGAUGUUGACUUGGUUUCUCGUGAUUCUAGUGGUAUCUUUAUCUUCAUGGAUUGA